AUGAACGCUUUUCCGCAAUACUACAAUCUGAUCUGCGAUCGUAAAUUGUGUACUUGCGAAAUUACGCCUAUCGCAGGGGGCUUGGACACCGUCGAUAGCGUUAACAUUGGAUUCACCACCAAAUCACCUAGUGGGCGUAUUGCUGCCGACUCUAUCCGUAAACGGAGACAGGCCAACCUGGAGCCUCUUGCUCGAAAACGUCUCCUUAAAGUGCCUCUUGAACGAAUCCAUCAGCCCGAGGAGGACUUGGAAGCGCCUGCGCGACAAAUGAUGGCUGCCAAACACUACGGCAUCUUCGAGGACCUUUUUGGUGCCCCUCACUAUUUCCUUCCGGUCGCACCUCUUCACGUCUUUUACAGUCUGGAGGAUCAGGAUCCUGAUAGCGUGCAACCCGUAUUCUACGGCAAUCACAUUUCUGCCUCACACGCAAAGGUAAUUAUUGAAGUUUUUACGAGUGCCACUGUUCUAACUGCCACAGGAAUUUGA